AGAUGUGCUCAAAAAAUUGUGACUCAACUGGAAGCGUCGCCGAGUCCCAGGGACUCGAGCAACGUGUCCAGCUCGACGUCCUCGUCAUCGAAUAAAUCCACGUCGAAGAGGCCUCAGUCGGCGCCGAAGUUGUCGGUGGUCCAAGAGAUCCAGAAGUCGAAGAAGGAGAAGGAAAGGGAGAAGGAGCGGGAAAAAGCGGAGAAGGCUCGCCAGAAGGAGGAGGAGAAGGCGGAGAAGACGAGGCAGAAGGAGGCUAAGAAGUUGGCCAAAGAGGAGAAGAAGAGGGCGAAGAAGGAAGCGAAGGCGAGGCGAAAGGAGGCCGAAGAAUCCCUCCUUAGGGAGGAAAAGUAGUCUUCGAGUCGAGUAGGAGCGACAAGUAGAAAAAUCCGAGAACGAUCGAUAAGCCUGGAAAAAAGAAAAAAAAGAAAAAGGAGGAUUUCGAAUAAUCACUAGGAUCUCAUCGUGCUCGGGGGUGCAAGGUGUUCAAGCUGUGUCGUGGACGCGCGAUCGUUAUUAAAGAAAGAAAGAUAAAAAAAAAAAAAAGAAGAAAAAAAAGAAAAAUCAAAAGAUUCACAAGAGCAUUUUGUAAUUCUAUCUAGGGUCUAGUUAGUGUUCUUCUCGAGACGCGCGGCCAUUUCGAUGAUUCAAAAGUAGGCAGUGGUGUCUACUACCUAAUAUGAUAUAAUAUAAUAGCGUUUUCAUUCCGGAGAGGAAGGGUCUAUUUAUCGACUAUACUUAUCGCUUUAUUUAAAGAACAAUUUAGGAUAAGGCAUUUUAACGUUUUAUAAAAGGGCGAGGUGGGGUUAGUGGGACGCUUUCGCGGGACAGCUUGAACCGAUGCCAAUCCCGAGGGAUGUGAGAGAACGUGUAGCGACGAUAGGGGGGAAAAAAAAGAAGGAAAAAAAAAAAAACGUAUAUCUAAGAAAACCUAGAAGCGGCCAAACAUAGUAACCUGUCAUAUCGAGUUAUCGCGGACUAAUAAUACUAAUCGAUAGGAAGACUCGAGAGAAAAGCGUAGCGCUACGUUGCUAUUAUUUGAUUAUCGCGUAAUCUAUAAUAUAAACCUUUAUCCUGGGCGUUUCCUUUUUGUAGGAACAGUAACCUCGUGACGUUUCGUCGUUACUUUUUUUCUAUAGGAUCAUCAUCGAUCGCAACUCGAAAUCGGUCAUCUCUAGUUGGUUACUACGAGCCACCAUCCACGUUCCAAAAACCUAUUUUUCGAAUAAUAUCUGCUUCACGGACAAUACUUUUGAGUACUGCGUAGCUUUGCGUUGCGAUACGCAGUUAUCGAUCUCCCCGCAGUUCGUCACAUUCUUGGAAAACUUGUCGUUGAAGAUAUAUAUUCAUCAUUAACGGGAAUCUCCUCGAUCGUGCAUCUCGAUAUAAUCCUUCUUCCUCCUUCAAUUCGUCGAUUCGUAGAAAUCGACGUCGUAGAAAUUCGUUAGAAACUCGUGUUAAAAACGUUAAAAAUUCUCGCUGUUCCGUUCUUCGUUCAUCCACGACGAUUAUAUACGGAAAAGAAAACGAACGUGUCGAAGGCAAUGAGGAUCAUCAGACGUGGAAAGAAAUUCCAUUUUAUCGAGUACCGAUCAAAAAGUAUCCAUAUCUUUUUUUUUUCUUUUUUUUUCUUUCUUUCUUUCGUUUUCAUCCUUGCCGAUUGAUUAUUAUUUCAUCCUGUUCCCUUCGCGCAUACGUACUCCUGCACACGUACGUGCAUGCAUACCUGCGAGACGAGUAUAUCGACUCGGGGGGAGGUAGACGAACGCAAUUCACGUAUACACAUAUACCACGACGAUAAGCCUAAGCAAGGGUGUUCGAUUAGAAGAACACGCGGAAGGAUGUUUAUUCUAACGGUGGGGCAGAGUUUAAAGGGAAAAAAAGUGAAGAAAAAAGUAAAAAAAAAAAAAAGAAAAAAAUAAAAAAAAAAAUAAAAGAAAAAGAAAAAAAUAAUCAUAGUACAAUACGAUAGAUAGAUAGUUAGAUAGAUAGAAUACGACGAAAGCAGAGUUUCGAGUGCAGCGCGUGCCUCGUUUAAUCGACUUCGUGAUUACUUCGUAGAUGAGUAGCGAUUUUAUCGAUUCGUUUAAAUCCUCUUCUCUCUCUCGAGACAAGGCUCGAGAAGCUUAAUUAAUCGAUCAACUACUUGCAAAACUAUUACCCUUUGCCACGUUGCCCUAGGCGCUAUUUCAAAGAGUCCUCUUUAUCCCGUAACCCUUUCCACCGAGCGGAAGUGAUAAAUUACUCGUUCGACGGGAAGCGAUCCGUGUUUCAUGAACUUUACAGUACUCGUAAUAUUCUCUUUGGAUGUUAUUCUUUAAUCUCUGGUAUUCAAACUACUAGUUUUAAAACUACUUUUAAUACUUGGAGCAUGGAAGAAAUUGCGUUGUAUUCGAAGAAUUCGAUCGAUUCGGCGUCGAAGCGUUGAAAAGCCACGGUGACGAGGAAGAGUUAGAAAAUUGCGCGGGCGAAUUGUAAUUAAACGUUGUGUAAAACGUUUGUAAUGUUUUAAGCAGCGCGGGUUUUAAGAAGAGCGAGAGAAGGAGAAAAAGUAGGUUGAAUAUCACGGAGUAUACACGAUUCACGGUUACGAGACUAAUCCCGCGAUUAAACCUCUUUGAAACUGUUCUCGCCCCCCCUGUCCCUGCCCCUUACUUUUUCAACCCCUCGGUUCGAUGAGCGAUACUGGAUAAAAUGAUGCUCGGGGAUAGAAUUAAUAAAUGUUUGAUCGAUAUUCUCGUAUUAUUAUUAGACAGACCGAUGGUUCUUCUUUUCGUUCUUGGUAUACGAGUUACAUUUUGAAAUUUCUUUUCUUCUUUUUUUUUUUUUUUUUUGUAUUUCAUCUCUAGAGAUUUAUUGUUGUUGAGCCAGCAUCGCUCGGGAAUCAAGCUCAAGCAGCCAAAAAUCAAAAGCAAUUUUUUACAACGCGCGACAAUGAUAUUUACAAAGAGCGAUGGGAUGCGAGGAAAAGAGAGACGAGGAAGGAGAGCAAGAAACGAGACGAGAAGAAUUUCGAAAAUGGUAUGGAUAGGAUCGCGGCAAGUAUCGAUCGGUAGACAAUCUCUCGAUGAGGCGAAGAAUUCUCGGUUUUCUUUUUUUAUUAUCCCCUCCCCCCCUCCCCACUUCCGUUCUUCUAUCCGUUCUCUUUUUUUUUAUUAUAUAUAUAUAUAUUCCUUCAUAACAUUCGUUCGUCCUCCUUCUAACUUGAUCUCCUGAUUUACUGCACUGCCGGUGAUUUUGAUUUCUCGAACGAUCGAACUUUGCGAGGAAAGGCGAGGAAUAUCGAUUGUAUGAUAAAUCGACGAUUUAUAUUUCCAGAAUCGGAUCGUUUUUUGAUUCGAAGGAUAAAUGUGUUAUCUUUUUUAUAAAAAGAAAAGAAAAAAAAA